CCGCCUCAUCCUUCGCCAUCACCUUUACCCGCUGGCCCUUUCCUCGGCCCGGCUCCUGCUGACCUGGCCCGCUGUCUGCGCUCUCGUCGGAAUGGCGCCGGCUGUGGCUUUGAACCGGCGACGGCCCGUCUCAACCGAAACGCUACUUGUCAACACUCGUCGGCCGCAUCUCUGCCGGAAUCGACCGCACUUGGCCACUCUUUCCCUGACUGGCGCGCCGGUCUGGAUCGUCUGCGAUCCGGGCGGCGCCUCCUGACCCGUGGCAUGGCUUCGACUCCUGUGCAUGCUGGCUGGGCUGGCUCGCCGCCGAACGCUAGGCAAUAACGCACACUCUGUGACAUACACGGAUAAUGUGGGACAGUUGCUGGACAACCUUCCAGUGUGCCAAGAUUUUAAGAAAGGAGCCUGCAUCCGGCCAGCCUGUAAAUUUGUGCACUAUGUUCCAGACUAUGUCGAGAUUACCAGCAGCAACCAGGUGACGGUGUGCCGGGACUCGGUGCGCGGCAAGUGCGCGCGGCCGCGCUGCAAGUACUACCACCUGCCGGUGCUGCCAACCUCGCCGACCGAGUCGGCGGCGGCGGCGCGCGCCGUCAGCUUCCAGCUGCUCUGAGCGCGCGCGGCGCCGAGCCCCGCGCCGUCACACAGACACAGAGCGACGCACGGAGCACGGCCGGCCGGCGGGCGGACCGCACAGGCACCCCGGGCAAAUCAAACCACUGACGCUGUGUGCUGUAGACAAGUCAGCCGGCUCCGCCGAAGCAGGGCGGGCGCGAAAUCAAACUAUCUGUGGGCGGGUGGGCGGGGGUGGGGGCUGUGGCCGGCGUACGGCCGUGUCGGUCGCGGCUCCACCCAGCAUGAGGCCAGGAUCGGGCCGCGACGCACGCCGCCCACCCUUUGAACUUAAGUGAUAGUUCAUGUUAAAGUGUUCUCAUUUUGUAUAGACAAGUACCUUAUCGGAGCUCUUCAAAAGAGUGUUAGAUAGCGCGCGGAUAUUUGGGUAUUGGAUGCCACAAGGUGGAGAGGGGGCGGGCCCGACUCCGCCGGGACAGUCAGGUCGCGGGCUGGCGCCGGGGCCGCCCCCUGGGAGCGGCCAUCGACUGGGUUGUUUGUACAUAUUUA